AAAAGUUUUAUCCCCCAUUCAGACCUCCUUCCUCCACCAAAAUAUUUAUUUCUCUCUCAAACUUUCCCCUCCUCCACCGCUUGCCAAUAUCUCACCUCAUGCUCCAAAUCUCACCUCAAGAGACCUCACCAAACCCUAACCCUAGAUCUCGCCAAUCUCGAGUUCAAUGGCGGCGACACCGGUCGGCGGAGGGGUGAACUCGCUGGAUAUGCAGCUGAGGAGGGAGCUGGAUUUGUAUGCCUCGCUUGUCAAUUGCUUCAACUUGCCUGGGUUGCCGAGCCGACAUGAGAAUGUUGAUAUUGUGGUGAUAAGGGAGAAUACCGAGGGGGAGUACUCGGGGUUGGAGCAUGAGGUGGUUCCUGGAGUUGUGGAGAGCCUUAAGGUGUGCAACUUCACGACUUUACAUGUAUAUUUCCUUGACAAAGAUUUUGAACCCUGAUUGUAGAAGAACGAACCUGAUGGAGGUGAGAAAGCUCGCCUGAGGCGCAGGCUUGAUGAGCUCGCCUGCAGGCUAGGGCGAGGUGCUCAGGCAAGGGUGGAUAGGCGAGGAAGCUCGCCUGUGUGGAAUCGUGGAGCUCACCUGUCACUCGUGGAUCUCGCUUGUGGGUCUUGGAGAGGCGAGGAUGGAGCUCGCCUGUGGGCGAGUUUGGUUCGAGCUCGCCUGUAUGAUCACGAGCUUGCCUGCUCGUGAUGUGUUCGCCUGCGGAGAUGUGGUGAGAUCCAGCUGGAUCCCACCCGAUUGAAGAGAGCUCGCCCUAGGGUUUCCCUAUAAAAGGGAAACCCUGUUCACAGAGAAGUGUGAGUGCGAUUUGGGAGCGACGAACGAAGUGAGCAGGGGUUAUUUCCUCUGGCGGCGGCUCUUCUCUUUCUCUCUGCGUUUUUGGUUUGAGCCCCAUUUGGUUCCUGUUCUCAUUAAUAAUGGAAGAGGAGUUGGUGAAAUUAAAAUUGGGGAAAUUUGAGUUAGGUAAGAGAGAGAGUGUGUGCGUUUGAGAGGUGAUUUUAAUCUAAAAUCACCUCCUAUUUGAUAGAGAGAUCACAAGUUUGAGAUCUUCUCUCUUGUUUAUAAUUUCUUAUUAUUAAUAAGAAAUUAUUAUGCCGCUUCCGUGGAUGUAGGUAGAUUUGCUGAACCACGUAAAAUUUGGUGUCUUGCAUUUGUGUUACUUGUUCUGGUUGUUGAUUAGUGUUCCAAUCAUUUGUAAUUGUGUGUCUUCGAUUUCGUU